GUGCAGCUCAACAUUCGAGACUGCCGCCCAGUGGAUCGCGGCACGCCGGUCGUCGCACAUGUUCUUAGGCCCAGUUUUUGGAUGAACCAGGAUUUCGACAACGAAUCAGACGCGAUGAGUCGCCGUGGUUGCCGAGAGCGCCGACGCAUGAAGGAGAAAAGAGGUAACGAUCUAUCCCGGGUCGACCCAAGUGGCGCCGACCGCCCGGACAGCGGAAUCGGAUCCGGCAAAGGCUCUCCUGAAAAGCACGACGACGAUCUGAUUCUCGAUGGUGCAUCUGAAAGCGACCUGUUCUCACAUCCCCUCGAGUACGCCUGGAGCUUCUGGGUGAAUGAUUCCACUAAAGACUGGAAGAAGGCGUUGAGUCACGUUUGCGAUUUUUCCACCAUAGAAGAAUUCUGGGCUUUGUUCUUCAAUCUGUGUGGACCCUCCGAUAGUCGAAGACUAAAUUUCAACGUUUUUAAAAAAGGCGUGCGGCCGGAAUGGGAAGAUGAAGCCAAUGGAAAAGCUGGAAGAUGGAAUAUCACUACCCUGCUACCAGAGGGCGAGCUUUGUGACCUCGUCUGGGAAGAACUGUGUCUAUUGCUGAUCGGAGGGAAAACGCUGGGAAGCUUGACGGCUAACGUGAACGGCGUUUAUCUCUCGCGCAAAUCCAGUUGCAUCCGAGCCUCCGUGUGGAUGAACACGAAGAACAAACGCGAAGUGUUGGCGAUAGGCCGAAAAAUUCAAGAGACUCUCCUCGAUCACGUAGGGCAACACUUCCAACUCGAAUUCGUCCUGCACAAAGCUCAGAAAAACACGCGGAAAAUCCUAUUUAGGAUCGAAUAACAUUCUGACAUGCGGACCCUGGUUCCAAGGGGUGGCGUACUUGGUUAUUAUACAAGAUUGGGAUAAAUCCGAUCGGGACCCGAAUCCACAGAGCGAUCCGUCGCCCUCAGAACUGUAACUUCCAAGAAAAAUGGAAAGCAAUCCUAUGCCCGAGAGAGCUCCGGGAGAUUCUUGGUCCUUUGUCACCCGGCCAGUGCCUCCCGGACUCGCAUGGAACGCAUGGGAUUGUUUACUUCAGAGCCUUGUCGAGAAUUCUGAUGUGAAACCAUGAGGUCAAAUGAAUACAUUUUUGCCGUCGAA